AUGUCUACUCCAGUAAAGGGAAAUGGAAGCGUAAAGAUGAAUGGAUCCCUUAGAUCACCCAUCAAUCCCCCUACAUUGAUCGAACACAAAAAUUACCGAUUUUUAAUCGCCGAUGCUCCGUCAAAUAAUAACUUACAACUUUACAUCCAGGAAUUCGAAAAAUAUAACGUUACCGAUGUUGUUCGUGUUUGCGAUCCAACUUAUCAUUCUGCGCCUCUCGAACAACGAGAAAUAAAAAUCCAUGAUUGGGUAUUCGGAGAUGGUGAAGCGCCGCCAUCCAAUAUUGUACAUGAUUGGCUUGAUCUGGUGGAAAAGCGAUUUGGAAAAGAUGUUGACAGCGAUAGGAGACCUACAAUCGCUUGCCACUGUGUAGCUGGACUUGGCCGAUUAUAUCGCGGUAGAGAGGAAUUACCUGUCUUCAUGCACUGGAGACAUCCAUGGGAAGGUCAUGGACACCAUCACUCGGGAAACGAACAUACUGAAUCGCAUACCGCUGAAGCACAUCAUUGA